CUGUAAUUUACUUUUCGCUUGAGCGAUCAAAUCCCAAGCAACCUUCGGUCUUUUUCAUUGUGCUGUAUGAUGAGAAAAUCAGUUCCAAGAUCGCACACGGGAUGCCUGAAUUGCCGGUAAGCUAUCAGCACCAGUAUUUCCAAUCCGUUCUAAUGAACCUUCUGCUUUUCAAGAAGAAAGAGAGUCAGAUGCGAUAUUAACCAUAAUGAAGAGCAACGAACAUGCAAUCGGUGCUUACGAGCUGGCUCACAUUGCAUUUGGAGUGAACGAUCAACCUUCACAGCGGGACAUGCUGGUUCCUUCCACGCAUUUUCAAUUGGAAAAAAUAACGAACCACCAUCAGAAUCGCUCCCGAAGUAUGAAACACGAGUUCAAGAACUUUUGGGUACAGAAAGGAUAUCUCGGUUAGUUGCUCGGUAUAUGACUUCAGUCCCAUCCUAAUUCUGUGUCAGGACACGCAACUACCAAGCUAUAUUAAAACCAACCGCAUUAAUCUCUUUUCAAAGUCCGGGUAAUGAGAGUGAACGUCAACUUUUCCAUUACUUUCGUCUUGAAGCUGCCCCGGAUAUUUGUGGCUACUCCAACCACGAGUUCUGGGAUAGUUCGGUUCUAUCAUGGAGUCACGCAGAACCCGUCCUUCGAUUAGCGGUAGUUGCGUUUGCUUCCUUCCACAAGAGCUUCAUCUUCAAAUCCGAUUCAAUAUCAUAUUCCUCCCUCCAACAUUACAACAAAGCUAUCAGAGCCGUGCAAAAUCUUUUGGAAGACCACAAGAAGCCAUCGCUACAAAUUGUCCUUUCUUGCUGUUUACUCUUCUACAAAAUUGAGGGAAUCAGAGGGAAUUAUGAGGACAGAAGGAAACACCUACAAGCAGGCCUCAAAAUCAUUCAAAAAGCAACAAGAGGAGCUCUAGACGCGAUUGAGCCGGCUAUCAUAGAAACUUUCUCGAGCUUGGAUGUUAGCGCAUCUUGGUACUCGAACUCUUCUCCAACUCCCUGCCUGCUAGUCUUGACAACUGAAGAAGAGAGAUUGGGAAUAACACCAUGUGUACCAACAAAAUUUACAACCAUGCGAGAUGCCUCCUCGGCAUCUUUAAAACUAGCAAAUUGGGCCAUACGCCUCUUCAAUACUCCAAACACCUCCGUCGCCAAAAAGAAGCAAGAAGCUUCUCAUCUAAUGAUGGGAUACGAACGUUGGGAGACUGCAUUUUCCACACUAAAGCAAAAGUACAUCGACUCAAGCAACACAACUCACCUAAGUGAAAGUAUUGCCGCGAUUGGGGCGUACGUAGGGUACACAGCAGCCAAAAUAUACGUCUUCUCUCAAUCUUUAGUCCUUACGUCCCCCACGGUCAAUCUCGACUUUGACUCCUCUUACAACGAAAUAUUGCUAAUGGUCGAAACACUGACUUUAACGUACAAAACUCAGGGUCCGGAGAUAUUGCAUCCAAGGUCUUUCUUCUUCGUUAGGAACGUGACUUCAAUGGCGGUUCUGGUAGCUAUGAAUACUAAAGAUAGCGCUACAUUAGAUAGAGCUUUGAGGGCGAUGAGGCAGUGGCCGAAGAUUGAGGGGAUAUAUGACGGAGAUACGAGGGUGGCUGUGAGUACCAUGGAGAAUUUGGAGCUUGCAACAAGGAUAUCUAUAAUUGACGGACCGCUUUCGGAGACCUCUAAGGAGCUUUCGGGGGAUGGUGGUCGUCCGAGUUCUGUACAAGGAUUAUUGACGAGAAGGAUAGAUGAGCUCUCACGUGUACCACAUUGA